CAGCGCCAAUGGCAGCACAACACCAGCGCCGAGGCGAAGAGGAUGACAGCAACAAGGACCACAUAGUUUGAUUAAGCCUGCUCACGAGUGUGUGUUCCUUUCCACAAACAGCCUGUAGUGCAACAGUCCAGCACUGAGUAUGAUUCCGUGGUUUCAGUGGAGGUGAGGAAGCAUGGGGUGGAAAUCUGAGGUGUCGAGACAAACGUGAUGACAGCAUGGUCCAUGGUGGAGAAACUCAAAAUGGAAAAACGCCCAUGCAGGGAGGAGAAUAUUGACUCAAGCGAGGCUCAGCAUGCCACUGACGAGUCUGAGGAUGGAAGCAGCUCGGAGAGUGAGUCGGAAGAGCGGCAGCGUCGUCAGGUGAACAACAGCAGCUGCAAAAAGCGUGAGCCUUUGGCUGUCGCAAAACCCCAUCGACAGCUAUGUCGAUCUCCAUGCCUCGACAGACCCAGUUUUUCCCAGUGUAGCACGGUACAAGAUCGUGAGGAUGAGACCAGCGCGAGAUCUGGGAUUAAGGCUGCCAGCAACAGGGAAUACCAGACGAAGAUGGAAUUUGCCCUGAAGUUGGGAUAUUCAGGAGAGCAGGUGGAGACUGUGCUCAACAAGUUGGGGGCUGCAGCUUUAAUUAACGAUGUUCUUGCUGAGUUAGUAAGGCUUGGAAACAAAGUGGAGCCGGAGAUUCAACCUUGCAGCAGUACAGCGACACUGACAUCACGGUCCCCCGGUGUUAAAGAGAUCGCUAGUCCAGAAGUGUCAGUGGAAGAGGAAUCUGUGGAUGUCAUCGAUAACCUCAGGCCCAUCGUCAUUGAUGGCUCAAACGUGGCAAUGAGCCAUGGCAACAAAGAGGUAUUCUCUUGUCGUGGUAUCCAACUUGCUGUUGAGUGGUUUCGGGAGAAAGGACACAAAGACAUCACUGUGUUUGUCCCAGCGUGGAGAAAGGAACAGUCAAGGCCCGACGCCCUCAUCACAGAUCAAGAAAUAUUACGCAAGCUGGAAAAAGAGAAGGUCUUGGUUUUUACUCCAUCUCGGAGAGUUCAAGGCAGAAGGGUGGUGUGCUAUGAUGAUCGCUUCAUAGUGAAGCUGGCUUAUGAUUCUGAUGGAAUUAUUGUGUCGAAUGACAACUACAGAGACUUGCAAAAUGAGAAGCCAGAGUGGAAGAAGUACAUAGAAGAGCGUCUCCUAAUGUACUCGUUUGUCAACGACAAGUUUAUGCCGCCUGAUGAUCCACUGGGAAGACAUGGUCCAAGCCUCGAAAAUUUCCUCCGCAAGCGUCCUGUUGUUCCAGAGCACAAAAAACAACCCUGCCCCUAUGGAAAAAAGUGCACAUAUGGACAUAAGUGCAAGUACUAUCAUCCAGAGCGCGUCAACCAGCCACAGCGGUCAGUUGCUGACGAACUACGGGCCUUUGCCAAAUUGUCUGCAGUGAAGACUAUGAGUGAGGGGGCUUUAGCUAAAUGUGGUACUGGUCCGGCAGCUGCAAAGGGGGACAGCCACACUGAGGCCAAACGUGUGGCCCCUAAACGUCAGUCUGACCCCAGUAUCCGUCCAGUGGCCUGUGAACCUCUAGAGGCACUGUCCGUCAUUAGGAAGUCUGAGACGAAUUCAGUGCCUUCCCUUGUGUCUGCCCUCAGUGUGCCCACCAUGCAGCCUGCCAAGAGCCACGCAGCUGGGGCCUUGAACACACGAUCAGCCAGCAGCCCAGUGCCGGGUUCUUUGCAGUUCUCACGCAGUUCUCUGGAGCACAUGUCUAGUGUACAGUACCCUCCUAUUUUAGUUACUAAUAGCCAUGGCGCCUCUGUGACAUACGGUGAUCAGUUCCCCAAGUAUGACUCAGUUAGUGACCAUGGAUAUUAUUCACUGCACAGUGAUUUCUCAAACAUGAGCAUGAGCAGCAUGCACAAUGUUGACAGUUUCUGUAGCAUGGAGCACGAGCAUGGCGUUUAUCAGAGAAAUCCCAGCCACUGCCCCGAAUCCUGCCUCAGCCAUUCAAACAGCGACUCGUUCUCCUCCUACGGGGACCUGUACCCAAGCUCUGUGGACGGUAGCUUAGAGGAGAGCAUGAAGGGGCAGCAGCAGUCUCCUGCACAGAGUCGCAUGCAUUCUUUCUCCCAUGGGUUUCGCCAUGAGGCGCUGACUAGGGUGCAGAGUUAUGGACCAGAGGAACCUAAGCAGGGCCCCCGUAAGCAGCCGGGAUCUCAUCUAGCACCACAUCUCCAGCAUGCUGCAGUCGGCGCCAGGUCCAGCUGCCCUGGAGACUAUCCCCUCACUCAGAAUGUCCUACCACCUCUGUCCUCACAGCCCACACGGUCUCUCGGUAUGACUCGUAUGGAUAGUAUAUCAGAUUCAAGGCUGUACGAUAGUAACCCAAUGAGACAUCGGCGACCUCCACUGUGUCGUGAGCAGCAUGCAAGCUGGGACCCUCUGCCUUGUGGUAAUGAGUCUUAUGGAUAUCAUUCAUAUCCACUAAGUAACAGCCUGAUGCCGUGUUGCGAGCGGGUGAUGGUCCGCAGCAUGCCAGACAAAAUGGAACAAAUCUGGAACUCACCAUGGGACACCCCAUCUGCAGCUGAACACCAUGAUCGGUAUGUGAUUCCAGACCACCAGUAUCAAACAUAUCGGAACCUUUGUAACAUCUUUCCCGCUUACGUAGUUCACACAGUAAUGGAGAAGAACCCUCAUUUGACAGACCCACAACAACUUGCUGCUGUUAUCGUUACAAAACUGAGGUCAUGCCACUGAGCAGUUCACCACAUGAAACACUCAAAAGUGCUGUGAUAAGGGAAAGUAGGAAUUUUAAUAGCGAAGAUAGGCACUUGUUCAAGGUUGCUGCAUGUGCAACAUAUCCCCUCAGGAGUUUAGUAAAGUUUUUUAAUGUCUGACGGGAAUUCUGGUGAUCACAUUUCACAUCACUAAGAUGACAGAUGUAAUAAGCAUAGAGGAAGAUUGUCUGAUAAAUAUAAGUUGAAUUUUGAGAUUUGUUUCAUAAACGAUGUUGAUCAAGUGAUCUACCUUAUUAGAAAUAUUGUUCAUAACACAUUCAUACAACCUGAGCAGGAGCUGCAUAGCAGCUUCCCACCAUAAUCAUGAUUAACUUAAGCUUCAGUCAUUAUCGUCUGCUAACAUUUAACAGGACUGUUAAAUGUCCUUCAGAUCAAUUUAUCGUCAGUUGAUUAGAUUGUAAAUAAAAUUGUGUGGAGCCCCCAAAGUGUUUAAUAUUGAAUUCAUGAAUAAAUAGUGUAAGAAACAGUACUUAUGUAGCUAGCUAGUGUAAUACUGAAGUUCGUCCUUUUGUGAGUUAGUGUGAACUAAGUUGAUCAGUAAACAGCUUUGCUACAUGGCAGCACAGUCCAGAUGGGAAGUAAUAACUCAGCAUUGUCUCUCAUAUUUGCCUUAUUAAAUCUGACAUGGAAAGUACAUUGACAUUUGUACACCAUGUACUUUUUUGAAGAUCUUGUUCAGGCCCUGUGAAUGUGUUAUGAAAGGAAUCUAAAGUGUUUCUGGUGCAGUGGAACUAUAAAUAACAUAGCUUAGGUCUGCCUCUGCUGUAAAUAACUCUUUUCUUUUUGUGUGUUUAUUUUGAAGAGAAGUAAAAAGGAGGUGGGCACAUAACCUCACAGCAUGACCUAUGACAUUUAAUGGCCUUAUAUCUGAAUGACCUCACGCUUUAGUCAUUGUCUGAUUGGUUUCAAUGGAAAUAGAAGUCGUUGAAGCCUCCUAUACUUUCAAAUGUAAAAGCACUAUCUCAGUAUCUAAAGAGAUAUAUUUUCUCAGCCUCACGUAAAAAAGCUACUAUUUUGGUAGAUUUUGAUAGUGCACAAAAACGAGCCAAAAAAGAGAUUUGACUUAUAUACAUGUGCACAUAUUUAUGUACAUAGAAUCACACAAAAGCCAUUGUCUCAAAGUCAUUUAUAAGCUGCUAAAUAAUGCCAAAAAAAGAAUUUAUAUAGCAUUAGCGUUCUACAUAACUUGACAUUUUGGGUAACAGGAUAGAUUGGAUUAUAGUAUAAACUAACAUCUGUGCUUGGAUCAUUUCCUAUAGUGUAUAGUAAAACUUUUUAUUGGAUGACACAUCCAGGAUUUUUCUAUUUAUAUAUUUGUCCAAUAUUCUGUAAUGGUUCAUUUCAAUGUGAAAAUAUUCACUUUAUCUCACUUGCUCUAAGUGACUCCUUCAAAUCGUCAGUUGAGAAGUUAGUUUUUAGAAACAGGUUAACUUCUCAAAUAGUAAUUUUACAUGCACUUAAGUGGUUUGAUGAGUUCCAGCCUUUGUCUCUUUCUGAGAUGAAAAAUGAGAAACCUGGCUAUUAUAUCAGUUUAAGACAAAGAGAAACGUUGCUAUAGAUUUGAUAGAUUUUGUUUUAGUUUGUGCUUGAUAGAGAUCCAGGAUGAGGAACAUGUCAUUACUCUGGCAGUAAUGAAAGGAAAAUUGUAAUUGUUACCUGUUCAGAAUAAUUCCAUCCAAAGUCCGGUUUGUAAUUAACAACCUUUCGACUGGCACUCAACAAAACAAAAUGCUGUCCUAUGACAUAUUCUAUUAUGUAACAUAUUAAAUACACUUAAGAGUUUUGACAGUGUCGAGGAGAGAGGGGGCAUAUCUGCUUUCUGAUAAAACUGCAUGUUAUCGGAUUUGAAAGAAAUAUAUUUGCAGUGCAUCUGAUCGAAUGCCCAAUAUCAUGCCUUAACCUGAUUCAACUUGUUUCUCAUGUGCAUGUCUACAUAGUGAAACGUAUGAAAUAUACAAGGCUGUGAUGAGACUUAGGGACAAUUUUCUUUUUAGAGAAGGAGACAGUGUUUACAUCACUAGGCCUGUCACGAUAACACAUUUUUCUGUGCGAUUAAUUGCCCCAGAAAUUAUUGCGAUAAGCGAUAAUAUUGCCGUUUUGACACCAUUUUCAACUUAUAUAAUGAUAAUAAUAAUGCAAGCACACCCUUUCGAAGAUCAAUAAACUUUUAUUUUUAAAGAACACUGGAACUGGACAUUUGGAAGACAUUUAAGAAAGACUUUUUUAUUGCCAAAUAUAUGAACUGUUUAAAGUAGAUUAUAAAUAUAAAUAAAUACAAAAACUUUUUAACUUAAAACUAUGAAUAAUAUAUGAACUGUUAACAAAAGUUUACACUAUACUUAAAUAAAUAAAAAUAAAUACAAAACAGACACACUCUGACUCGUGACUCUGACUUCGGUGCCUGAGCCAAUUGAGACCCUGUGUCUCCGCGGAGAUCCCUGUGUCAGACCGCUCGGAGACCCCCGUGUCUCCGCGGCUGGGGCUGUCGCAGGCAGGCUUCCGCCCGCCUUCGUCCCCCCGAACGCUUUUGUGAAACCUUUCUCGCCGUGGUCUCCGUUCCUCCCGCCCCAAGCUUUUCCAAGCCGACCCGGAGCCGUCGCGGCGCACCACGGAGGAAAUGCGCCCGGCGGGGGCCAGCCAGCGCUUUGGAGAGGGCUCGCGAGGAGAUCCUCCCACACCUGCACGGGAGCCCUGACGCACGCGGGGCGCUGGCAGCGCGGAGACAAGAGUCUGUCCACCGGCAGCCGCGGCCGACUGCCGGAUGGGAUCUGCAUCGAUCUCAUUUUUAGCCUCAUGCGAGCGGAGUUGACGGACAUCCGUCAUAGCGACGGAAAACUUUAAUCCCUGAAUUAAUUGCAGCCGGCAAAAAAUUAUCGCUCAUUUUAAUUUAUCGCGCAAUUAAUUGAUUUAUUGCAUAUCGCGACAGGCCUAUACAUCACAGUUUAAAUGUUUGCACAAGGAAUUCUGAAAAAACAGACUGAAAAUGUACCUGAUAUUACUUUUAUUUGAUAAAAUGAUAAAAAGCAGUUGGGCCUUGGAAUGAGUUAAAUUAUUAGAUUCAUUUUGUGAUAUCAUUAAGAGUAUGAUAAGGUUUCAUAACUGUUCAAAAA